CAAUGACCGAGCCCGUGCCCUUCGAAACCCUUUUCCCUGGCGAAAGCUACCCGUCUCUCCACCAAAACCCUAACCCUCUCCCUCUCCCUCUCCCUCUGCGGGUCUCUUACACGUCCCACUCACCGGAGGCACCACCAUGGGAGGCUCUCGCUCGAGUUUGGCUCUCUUCUCUACCUAUGAGCCACCAACCUUCGGUUGCGGAGAUCGACGCCUGGAUCGAAUCGAACCGUGCCUCUCUUCCGGAUGACCUCCAGUCUGUUCCCCGCCUCCAUCUUCAUCACCGGAUUCUCUCCCUCCAUGAUCCUUCCCGCAGCUUGAAUCAGGUUGAUCUGAGUAAUGAGGCGGAGUUCCCGUAUCGAUUUCAACGCACGGACUUGUGGAAACCUGUUUAUAGAUGGUUGGAAUCAUUGGAUAAAGACGUGCUGGUCAAUGCAAAAGAGAUAUCAGAAUGGUUGGCAGCAAACCCGGAGGUCACGGAGAGGUUGUUCUCCAAGCAUUCUCGGUACCAUAUGAUGCACUACAUUCAGAGAAUGCAUUUAAAAUUGCUCAAAAAGAGGGGGAAGUUGCCAAAGGGUCUUCAACUAUCAGCUGCGAGGGCUUCGGUAAAGUCUGUGAAUGGUGGGGUGAUGACAAGGGAAAUUACUCUUCAACGCAAACUUCCAAACAGUACAAGGGAGAAUGGAACAGUAUUGCACAAAAACAAAGAAGCUUUUCUUCGAUAUGAACUUUUAACGGAUUUGCAGAACCAGCUAACAAGUGUCCUCUUAAAGCAAAAGCAUGCAAUGAAUUCUAAAAAUUCCUACCCAUCCUGUUUGGUAGAACAAAUGCCUGGAAAUGCUACCACUUCUCAAUCAUCCGAUAAAGGUAGCAAAGAUGCUUGUUGCCAGAUUGCUCCUGGGGAUGCAUCUCUCAAUCAAGGUGUGGUGAAUAUUCAUGUCACUGAACUGUCAAAAACUACAAUACUAUCAGAGAUCAAGAGUGGGCAAAAAAGAAAGCAAAGUCCUAUCAUUGUGACUCCUGCAUGGUCUUAUAGUGAAGCAUCAUCUGAAGCAUCUGAAAUCCAUCAACCAGUUAGUUCACAGGGUGAGAAAGCAAGUAAGAUCAAUAUUUGGAAAGGAGAUGCACACUCUUCAUCGCUAGCUUCUUCCUACAGGAAAAGCAUUGUGAUGUGUUUACAAGGACGUGAAAAAGGUACUAGCUGGCCAUCAACUUGUUGUCUGGGUGGCUAUGCAGGAAGAAAUCAGGAAAGAUGGAUCUCAUUUCUUCAGGGUUGGAGGUCACUUGGUAAACAGUUUGAAGGGCCAGCAGUGUGGCUUAGCCGAAGAAACUGUUCAUCAUGGAUUCCUACAUGGUGUGCCUACACAUCCAGUGUAGCUGUUGCUCAACCCAAUGAUAGGCAAGGCAUCCAAAAGGUUCUUGAUGUAAGAUUUCACCCAGAAGGGCUGCCUCAACUGGUGUGUAGUUCUAAUCAGGCUCCUAAUGAGUUACUACUCUAUAACCUUCUUUCUGGAAAGGCAGUGCAACUUAGUGGUCAUAAUUGUCAGAUCCAGGCUGUUGAAUUUGCAGCAAGGGGUGCUAGUAUAGUAUCAUGUGGUUCCAACUUGUUGAAGGUUUGGGACUGCACAACUGGUUCUUGCCUCUUUAACUUGGGACUGAUUGGUGGUGACCGAGCUUCAGUUGGACACAAGGAAAAAAUUAUUGCUAUGACGGUCAAUCCUUGGCAGUCCUGUCUUGUUGUCACCAGUGGUGCAAAAGGAGAUGACAAACUUCUACUGUGGGAUGCUUUGAGAGGUGAACUUGAUGCUGAUCUGAAUUCAAAUUUGAGAACGAGAGACCAGGUUCAUCCUUUGGUUGUUGCAAUGGAGUUCUGCAGUGAAAAUAUUCUGGUGUGCGGAAGUGAUUGUGAAUAUAGUGGUUCUGCUAUCGUGCAACUAUGGGAUAUUGAAUCUGCAGAAUCCUGUCUUUCAUUCACUGCAAAUGAUUCUUAUAUUACUUCUCUGAAGGUAAAUCCAGCUGGCAACACUAUCAUCACAGGUGCUGGCGAUGGGACCAUUGGUUUGUUUGAUGUCCGGACAUGUGGUGCAAUCAAUCAUCUCUCUGUGGGGUCUGGUUUUGAGGUGACAUCUGUUUCUUUUAGCAACUGUGGAACCUAUUUUACUGCCUCCAGUACAUCAAAUAACACCUUGGUAUGGGAUACACGAAUCUUGCCAUUGAACCAUGGGCAAAUAGCCCAUGAUAGCAAUGAUAUGCGAUUCUUAAGACCUUUGCACUGUUUAAACCAUGGAAAGCAAAUGCCGACCGCAGAAUAUGCAGGUCAACUUCCUGGCCAUGUUGACAAGGGUAAUCAAGGUGUAAAUGAUUCUCGAUGGCUUCAUAGAGAGCCUAUACUGGUAACUGUGAGCGGUGAUGGGAGUAUUGCAAUGUGGAAUGUUUCCCUAGGUCAACCCUGUAUCAGACAUAUCUUUGGCCAUACAAGAUGCAUUAAUACUAUUGCUGUAGCUCCAAAUGAUGAAUACUUGUGCACAGGCGGAGACGAUCAAAAGAUUGUUUUGUAUCACAACAAAAAUGGAAGUACCGGCUCAAAUUGGCGACUGUCUCAUCCACUGGAGGAUAUUUAGAAUCUUCUAAAAAUGGUUGCUCGAGUCUCGUGCUGGCAGUUUGUGCGUUGAAGGUGAAUGCAUAUAUGGCUUUGGUGGUCAUCAGACUACUGGCAAUGAUUCCACUCUCAUGCAACUACAAUUGGCACAUCCUCGGGUGCAAAGGUACAAUGGAUAACAAACUGUUACUACCAAUCAUGAUGGUCGUGUGAUGGAGAUAUCUCUUGAGCAUGUUAAUUUAAAACACAUUUCCAUAGCCAAGAAAAAUCAAUGAGUUGGAGUAAAAGCGUCAUGUUUUCUGAAGGUGUCUAUUUUUAGGAUCAAGGACUGUUUCAUAUGCGCCCUUGACAUUUUGCCCAGUCUUUUAUAAUCACUUGUUUCAGUGACAUUAUUGAUGUUGAGUGCAGCUGUUGGAUUAUGAUAGGAACGGUCUCGAAGUUAAGUGCGAGCUGCAAAGAAUGUGUAUGCAUAAGCAUUUUAUUGGAUGGCUGUUUUUUUCUUUCAAUUUUUUUUUCUUGAAUGUUCUCGUUAUAUUAGACAGCAGAUGCUCGUACGUGGACUCCAGUUGGAGAUUCAAAAGGACGUCGACGGUUUCUAGUGCUUGGCCUCGAGCCAAAGUGAACUUUUAUUA